AUGUCAAACCCUGCUGGCGCCAAGAGCAGUAUGUCGUUCAAGCGCAACUGGCAGUCCAAGCGUGAGCAGGCCACUGGCGCUGCUAAUCUUGACCGGCAAGAUUUAGUGGUCCAAACGGAGAAGCUUGCUGUCCACAAGAAGGGCCCCGAAGCGAACCAAGAUCUUGGCGAGUACACUCUGUUCGCUCUGAUUGUUCGCCACUCCCAUGGCCGGAAACCACCAGAGUAUUCUCCUCCCGAGAAGGCCGAGGCCGAAGUCCGUCUUCGCUACCCUCAACCAUCUCUCCCUCGUAUACUUGGGCCGCUUCCUUUCCCCAAGAACCUCAUUGGCACUCUGCGACAUACAAUCGCUUUUGCCGAUCAGGAUGGUUAUCCAGACAAGUAUGCCGAGGAUCUCAAUGCUGCUACUAUCGAGAACAACAAGCUCGGAAAGGAGAUCAAGAAGCUCAUUGAUGAUCUCACCGGCGAAAAAGCCAAGACUGGUGAUCUAACCAAGAGACUCGCCGACGCUCAAACCGCUCAUGCUGCUGAUCUCAAGAAGAGAGACGAAGAAAUCGCCAAGACCAAGAACCAUGACCUUGAGGACCACAAGGCUAUGGAGAAACUGGUUUUCCAACUUGAGUACGAGCGAGCUUCCAAGGCGGAGGUCCAGAAGAAGCUUGACCAGGCUACUACUGAUCUUACAGCUGCUGAAGCUCGUCUCAAGGCUGAGGCUGCUAGGAUCGUUGAUAUCAUCGCUCAUAUCGCCACCCUUGAAGCACAGCUUGAAGUUGAGAAACGAGAAGGCGAUAAAAUCCGUGAGCGAUCUCAGUGCCAGCUCGAUCAGGCCCAAGCAGAUGUCAAGGAUCUCGAAACGCUUGCUGAGAAACGAAGCAAGACAAUCGCACAGCAGGCUGAAGAGAUCAUGGAGCUCGACAACACCAUCAAGGAAAAGACACUGGCCUUUGGCAAUCUGGAGACUGAAUUGAAGGACAAGGCGAAAAAAGAGCUCCCUACUGUUGUUCCUGGGCCUAAGCUUCGCUUCAAGUGCAAUAUUCGAAGUGAGAGCUCUAGCGGUAACAAGAAUGUUUUCUUUGACCUCAACGGUGCAGGUGGCCAGAACCUCCCUGUACACGCUAUCUGGGAGAUCUUCUCAGUCCCUGGCUCCAACACCCGCAUCAUCAUCAAGAACGCGGGCAACAGUUUUGUCCUCUUUUCAGCUGGCAAGCACACAAUUCCACGAACAGAAGAGAUUAAUUACAAAGGAGAUAGGACACGGACAGACUGUCAAAUGUGA